CUUUGCUGGAAUAGCUAGAUAACAGUACAGUGCCUGUCGAAUGUGAUUUAACAAUAGGAAGAUUUUUGAAAUGGUAAUAACUUAAGCUGUUAAGUUAUUAUCAAAAAAUGGCUGGGUGGUAACACAAAGAGUUAGCAAUAACUUUGCCACAGGAGGUUAUGUAACUCCCCAUGGACUUACAAGUUAUCUGUUUUUAUUAAUCAUUUUAGAGGCAAUAAAUGUCUAUAUGUAAUUUCUACAAUAAAAAUCCCUACAAGGAUUAUUUUCAGGGCCUUACGUUGUUUAGGAUAGACAGAGCAUGAGUAACUCUUUGGAUUUGAAAGCACAGAGACCCUAAAAAAAUACAUUGAAGUUGGUGGGUACCAUGUGAGAAAAUAUUAAGGUCAAGGGAUGGGAAGUCUUUUGCAUGGCACUUGCCAAAUUGUCAAAAGGAACACCUCUAAAGACUGUGUAGGCUUCCUUUUCAGUGGAAAUCCAGACAGUCUGAUUGUUUUAAUCUGAGAUAACAGUCAACGUCUCAUUGCCCUUUGCCUUUUCUGCAGUGUUCCCUUUGAGUACUGCUUCUCCCAGCAAUGUGUGUACAUUGUGAACUUUGGCCGUGGCAAACAUUAAAGGACAAGCCCACGUGCUGCUAUCAUAUGUCCUGCAGGCCGCAGAAAGUGAUGGCUUACAGAGGACGGGGCUUGGCUUGAGAAUGCAUUGGCAGGGGGCGUCUGUGUCUUUAAAAAGAUCUGUGCUGCCACAUGAUCCUGUUUGUGAUUGUGAUGGUGCACUGGUUGUUUCACUGGAAGCGUUAGAAAGAAUGGAACCUUCCCAACUGGAAUAUGUAAGGCGCCGCAGGUGUGACAGUGCAGCGUCUGUACCUCAGUUCUGCAACUCCCCAACGGUGAUUGUGAUGGUGGGAUUACCUGCCAGAGGGAAGACAUACAUCUCCAAGAAGCUCACCCGCUAUCUAAACUGGAUCGGGGUUCCUACAAAAGUUUUUAAUGUGGGCCAGUACCGCAGAGAAGCAGUCAAGACCUACAAGAACUUUGAGUUUUUUAAACCUGACAACGAAGAGGCAAUGAGGAUCCGCAAGGCCUGCGCUUCAGCUGCGCUCAAAGACGUUGCUGUCUACUUCACAAAAGAACAUGGACAAGUAGCCGUGUUUGAUGCUACUAACACCACAAGAGAGAGGAGAGCCGUCAUCAACAGUUUUGCAAAAGAAAAAGGCUAUAAGGUGUUCUUUGUAGAAUCAAUCUGUGAUGACCCAGACAUAAUAACCGAGAAUAUCAAGCAAGUAAAAUUUGGCAGCCCAGAUUAUAUCGACCGUGACAUAGAAGAGGCCAUGUCGGACUUCAUCCAGCGCAUUGAGUGCUACAAGGCGAGCUACACGUCAAUAGACGAUGAGAAAGACAAGAAACUCUCCUAUAUAAAGAUCUUUGACGUGGGCAGUAGGUUCUUGGUGAACCGAGUCCAGGAUCACAUCCAGUGCCGGAUCGUCUACUACCUCAUGAACAUCCACGUCACACCGAGAACCAUUUACCUGAGCCGCCACGGAGAGAGUGAACUCAACCUGCUGGGUCGGAUCGGCGGAGAUUCGGGUUUAUCACCGCGAGGACUAAAGUAUGCUGAUGCCUUGGCGAAGUUUAUCAGAGGUCAGAACAUCAAGGACCUGAAGGUGUGGACGAGCCACAUGAAGAGGACCAUCCAGACUGCAGAGGCUCUGGGCGUCCAGUACGAACAGUGGAAAGCUCUCAAUGAGAUCGAUGCUGGUGUUUGUGAGGAGUUAACAUAUGAGGAGAUUCAGGAGAACUUUCCCGAUGAGUUUGCGAUGAGAGACCAGGAGAAAUAUCGUUACCGUUACCCAAAGGGCGAGUCCUAUGAGGAUCUUGUUCAUCGUCUGGAGCCGGUCAUCAUGGAGCUGGAGAGGCAGGAAAACGUCCUGGUCAUCUGCCACCAAGCCAUAAUGCGCUGCCUGCUGUCCUACUUCCUAGACAAACCUGCAGAUGAGCUGCCUUAUGUUAGGUGUCCCCUCCACACGGUGCUCAAACUCACUCCUGUAGCUUACGGAUGUAAGGUUGAGUCGUUUUUUCUCAAUAUCGAAGCUGUCAACACACACAGAGAGAGGCCAGUGAAUGUGAGCAUCAGCAGAAAGACAGAGGAAGCUCUCCAGACAGUUCCCGACCACAACUAAAGUCAUAUCUGGGAGAAAUGGACUACAGCUAUUUUCAUAGGUCACAAUAAAUUUUAGAGAGUCACAUAAAUGUUUUCUGAUGGUAAACAGAAGAGAAAUGGAUCAACACAGAAGAACUGGAGGAGAUGGAAGGUGUUAAUCCAGACCAGAGAAGAAAAAAAACCUACAGCUGUGGAUAGUUCCUGUCUUAUCUGUGUAGUUGAGGUUUCUGAUUCUAUUGAACGCAUCACAAACAGGUGGAGGUUAAACCUUUCAUGGAGAUACUCUUCAGAUCAUGAAAUCAGCACCACAGACACUUUAACUCCUCACUGAAUAAAUAACAACAGAACAUGCAGUUAUACAUAAAUAUAUACAGAAAAUAAAUGGAAUGAAGAAUUUUUUGUAAACAUUCAGUAGCUUGGAAAAGUAUUCAGACUCUCAAAUGGUUUAGAUUUUGUCACAUUAAAGCCAAAACCUUCCGCA